UUAGCAUCACGCCUCAUUUAGAGCUUCAUAUUCCGUUGCUCAAGACAUCGCAAUAAGUUUGUUCCCUUACGUAAAUAAACUCAAGAUGAAAUUACUAACGUUUUUGGCGACUUGUUGCAUGUCACCGGUAGCCAUUUUAUUUGUCAUACUCAGUCUUAAUCCUGCGUCAAGCCAAAUUAUUGAAGAACCGCUGCUUGACGAGAUUGAAAGAGCUGGGUUUUUAUUCUUUUGGGAGCAGGCUGACUCCGUUACUGGACAGGUAAAAGAUCGCUCAUUGGCCGCAGGAAAUCCAGACCCAAGAAAUGUUUCGUCUAUUGCGGCCACAGGUUUUGGACUUGCGACGCUUGCCAUUGCACACGACAGAGGAUAUUCCAACCGUUAUUUGAUCGAACAGCGAGUCCUUAAUACGCUUCGAUUCAUUAAGAAUAACCUGACCAAUGUCAACGGCUGGUAUUACCAUUUUGUCGAUAUGUACACCGGAGAACGAGUUUGGGAGUGUGAACUCAGCUCCAUUGACACGGCACUUUUAAUGGGAGGUGUGGUCACUGUGGGUCAAUACUUUAAGGAUCACGCCGAAAUCGUGGCCCUUUCUAAGGAACUCUAUGAAGCAGUAGAUUUCGUCUGGAUGAUGAACGGAACGCAAUUUAUAAACAUGGGCUGGAAACCUGAAAGUGGGUUUUUAAACGACUCAUGGAAUCGGUAUUGCGAGUUAAUGAUCCUUCUCAUCCUCGCCAUCGGGUCGCCAACCCAUCCAAUUCCGAUUAACUCGUGGAAUGUCUUCUCACGGCCGAACUUCACUUACAUGGAGCAUAACUACAUCCAUUUCCCUGCCCCACUAUUCGUCCACCAGUUUUCUCAUGCAUUCAUCGACUUUGAAAACCUACGGGAUAAUUUUACUAUUGACUAUUUCCAAAAUUCUGUAACUGCCACGAGAGCAACGAAAGAUUUCUUUCUCCAUGAUGAAGAAAUGUCUCUUUGGUCCUACUCUGAGAAUUUUUGGGGCGUCACGGCAUCUGACACGCCGUACGGUUACGACGCAUGGGGUGGACCUCCAUUAAUGGGUCGAAUUGACGGGUCAAUCGUUCCAUGUGCGGCUGCAGGAUCUAUCCCUUUCCUGCCACAGGAGACCAUUGCCGUUUUGAAGAAUAUCCGAGUAAACCACACGGCACAAGCGUGGUCGAGGUACGGUUUCGUUGAUGCGUUCAAUCCGAUCACGAACUGGACGAAUCCAGACGUUAUUGGGAUUGAUGUGGGGGUUACAGUGCUCAUGGCCGAUAACUACAGGAACAAAUUUGUCUGGAGAAAUUUCAUGUCGUCACCACACAUUCAGAAUGCCAUGAAUAAAAUUGGAUUUGUCCCAUACCAACCAGUCAAGCAAAAUAAGAGCAAAAGGAUUGGGAGCAAUUAGACUUUCAUUUUCCUCGAUUAAGGCGAUGAAGUAGAAGUUUACAAUGUGAUAUGAGAAUGCUGCACGUAUUGUGAGUGGAAAUAAAAGAAUUAAUUAGAAGAAAAUUA